AUGAAUCUGGGCAGCAAAGUUAGCCAAUCCUGGUGCAAAGUGAAGCAACGAGCAGCCACACCUGUGGUUCACGCCGGAGAAGAGCUAAGAGGCAGAAAACAGCUAGCCAGCAGACAGAGUAUCCUCCUCAGGAUCUCCCCUGGGAGAAUCCUGAUUCGAUGGUUCGAUCAUCUCCCCACUGGAUCUAUUUAUGACUGGAAGCAGCUCUCUAAAGAGUUCUUGGCCAAAUUUGUUUCCAACACUAAAAUCUCGAAAGAGCUAGACACCUUAUUCGGUCUCCGAAAGGAACUUGAGGAAACACUGCGUAAUUAUGCAAGAAGGUGUUGGGAAAAGUAUAAUGAUUUGAAGAAAAAUGUCUGCAGUGAACAAAUGGUUGUAAUGUCUUUUAAACAAGGUCUACGACUAGAAAGCAAGUUGAGACAGCCACUUACAAACCACCCAGCUACAGUACUGAAGGACUUACGUGUCAGGAUUGAGCAGUACGCUCGUCUUGAAGAUGAUCAGAUCCCCAUCAAGGUGGCAUCGGCUGAACAGAAAACUCGGGGGAACAAAAGAAGAACAGUCCAAGGGAAACCCCGAGGAAUCACAAUAAAUGAAGUAGACAAGUCUAAAUCCCAUGAAGUAGUUGUUACAGUCUUCAAGGAACCUAUCUAUCGUAUUAUAGAAAAAAUCAAAAGAGAGUCGUUCUUUACUUGGCCGCCAAAGAUGCUAGGAGACCCAGCUCGACACAACCAAAAGCUCAAAUGCACCUAUCAUUAUAUGACUCAAAAUUGUAAAGCAUUAAAGCAACACCUGGAGGAUUUGGUAGCUGUUGGGCAUCUCCAAGAUUACAUCGAUUCGGACAAAGUAGUGACCGAACAGGGGAACCCUUUACCAGAAUCGAACGUCAAUUAUCCGCCUCGAUUGGUAAUAAAUGUAAUUCAUGGCACAACCAGUCACGAACGGGAAGAGACACUUCAUGAGGAAGUUGUAAAAACUGUAUAG